UUACAAUCUUAAAUACAUUUCCGUUUUAUUCUACUUUCGUUUUUUCAAUGAUACGUGGAUUCAAUCUUCACACCUGAAGAAAAAUGGCUUCGGGAGGAGAUGAGCCUCAGGACUGGAGAGAUAAUAAGAGUUUGGUACAAUGCAACCGCUACAUCUUGGAACAGGAAAUUGGCUGUGAUGUUCGUUUUGAGGUCGGAGAGGGAGAUAACCAAAAAAGUAUGGCGGCUCACAAGUCCCAUUUAAUGGCAAGAAGUGAUGUGUUCUUUGCCAUGUUUGAGGGACCCAUGGCUGAACCAAAUAGCAUGAUACAAAUACCGGAUAUUGAGCCAGUCACCUUCAAGUUGAUGUUACAGUUUAUUUACUGUGACGAUAACAAAAUAGACUUAGUGGAUUCCUUUCCUCUCCUGUAUGCAGCUCAGAAGUACAACUUAAAAGGCCUAGCUGUCAAAUGUGUCCAGCGCAUACGACAGGGAAUAUCAUCGGACAAGGUUUGCUGGAUAUUCAUGCAUGGUUGUAUUUGGUCCCAGGACGAGGUCAAAGAUCUCUGUAUGAAGCACAUCAUUCACCACUCCUAUGCCGUGUUUGGUUCAAAGGGAUUCCUCGACAUGUCGGAGGAAAGUCUGAUUGAGAUUCUCAAGAACGGGAGGCUCAACAUGGAGGAGAAAGACAUAUUUGAAGCUGUUGUUAAAUGGGCCAGAAGAAAAUGCAGAACGGAAAACAACCGUGGAAAUUUGCGCAAUGCCUUGGUUAAUAUUUUGCCACAUAUUCGAUUUGCGAGAAUGGAGCUAUCAUAUUUUUCUGAAAAAGUCUCUCACAUGGAUAUCCUGACUCCAGAAAGACUUGUCGAAACUUUUCGAUUCUUAACCAGCAGGAAGGCAGACCAUCCAGAUCAACCCAGGGAUAGGAGAAUCAUUUUUGAGAGAUUCACAAGAGUGAAGAGCGGCAAAGGCUAUUUCCGAGGCAAUGCGGAUGCUAUCUCUUUCAUGCUUUCAGAAGAUGCAAGAUUGCAUGAGGUGUUGGUCUAUGGGAGCUGUCAGUCUGAAGGUUUAUAUAAAAUAGAUAUUAAGGUUAUAGAAGACGGGGAUCGACAGUUGUGUCGGAAGCAGAUUGAUCUUGAAACAGAUGGAUUCACGAAGACCUACCCAAUCGAGAUAGCGCCCCCGAUGAUGAUGAGCAAAAAUAUGUGCUACACUUUGUUGAUGGUGAUGGUAGGGCCAGCCAGUUACUUUGGAGAGAAAGGGGUGAUCGCGAAACAACAGGAAGGGCUUACAAUAACUUUUCUACCCAAUGAAAAGGGAUUGAAUGGCACAAACAUCAAACAAGGCCAAUUCAAUAGCUUAGUAUUCAAGAAAACUCGGUCGAGGUAGAUCUGCUUCGACUUUGAUAAAACAAAACAAAAAAAGGUUUCCAUACUUUGUACAGAUUUAAUGCAAUGGUUGGUUUUUCAUUUAUGUGGGGAGAAAAAGAACCUAUGUAUGCAGCAAUAAAAUUUUGGAUUCCAGAUUGUUAGGACUGUAGUGUUAUGGUGAUUUCUUGAUGUUCAAUAAUCUCAGGAUGCUUUUACAUGACAUUCCUUAACCAUAACUCAUUUACCCCUGAAAGUUCAUAAUAAGCUAUACCAAACUUUGAAUUGGAAGAGUUCAAAUGUGUCUUCGGGUGUGAAAGAGUUAAGCUUAUGAGGCUGUAGUAAUUCGAGUAUUAUGUAAAUAUUAACUAAAUGCAAGAGACAAUCCAGAUGUUAUAGUAUUCAGAGAAAGCCAGGAUUUUUGUGAUACAUAACGACGAUACGCUGUGACGCCAUCAAAAGUAUCACACAUUGGGAAACCAAGUGGAGGGAGAUCUCCUACACUGGGCUCCUUGGAGGUUUGCAACCCUGACAUCACUGUACUUCAAGUACAUUGUAGUACAACUUGAGAUGCUGGUCAUUUGUUAGGGCUGCGGUGGCCAAGUGGUUAAGGCGUCUGACAUUCUGCUACCACUAGCCCUCCACCACUGGGUCGUGGGUUUGAACCCUAUGUGGGGCAGUCUCCAGGUACUGGCUGUACAAUGUAGGUCGGUGGUGUUUCUCCGGGAACUCCGGCUUUCCUCCACCACCAAGACCAGGCGCGGCCUUAAAUGACCAUAGCUGUUAAUAGGACGUAAAACACAAACAAACAACCAACAACAUUUGUUAGUCUAAUAGUCUUGAAGUCAAAUAAUAACUAGACAUACAAAGAAGAAAUUUAAAUUGGGGUUUCGAUAAGAUUUCAGGUUGCAUGCAUCCAACACAAAGUAGGUGUUUUAUUUUUGUACAUUUUCAUAGUACCCCAUUACUGUUCUUCUGACUUUUUCAUGAAAGUAGCCGGAUAAAUAUCUAUCGUAGGAGGGUAUUUUUAACCGGCUACUGGCUUCAAAUGAAACCCCUGUGUAUAUAUUCCAGCUAAAAGUUUGCAGCCCACCUCGGGGUCUGACAGUCCACCAGCAAAGCGAACCACCUUGUGUUGUUAAAUAAUCACUACGAAAGUACCAUUUCAGAAAUUAAUCAUGUUGAUGCAGUGCCAGCCAAACAAAUCAAGGAUUUUGUACAGCUUUAUAUGGCCAUUUCUUCCAUUAAGGACUCACCAGUGGAUUCUAAAGGUCAAACGAAUUAAUGUCUAAAUAGUUCCGAAGCAUAUAUAUAUGAAGAAAUUCAGGGCAAAGGGGAAAGUGCAUACAUAACAUUUUAGAGUGUUACAAGUUCACAACUUUUUAUGCAACAGAAAAUUUAUGCUUGAACAAAUAUUUCGUGUAAUAAAUGCGAGAACAUAUUCCAGCUGCAAGGUUAUAUCCAAAUGCUGGGACUGAUACUGUUAGUUCACCAAAAGAUCUGUGGGUAAUAUACUUUCAUACACACUAUCCUUAGUAAGAUAGAUUGGGGCAGGUGUUCGUUUGAAUACAACCUAAGUCCUUAAAAUAUCACAAAUUACAGUUUUUAUGAGUAAGGAUGAUUGGUUAUGCUGUUUGGUGUUUUUUGCAUUUGAUUGUACAUAUAUAGCUUACUGUAGAUCAGUAGUAUUACACUACUAAUUCCUGCAAUUUCUUGAUGCGGCAAUAUUGUCAUUGUUUUACUUUAAAAAAUGUAAUAAAUAGCAAAUUUAAUAUUUUUUCCAUUAAGUACCAUAUACAUUUCACUCAUUUGGCAAAAUGUAAUCAUUUUGCAUGUUUAACUCAUCUGGCCCAAAGGGUCAAGUGAGAUUAUUCCAUGGGACAUUAUCCAUCAUCUGUAGUCCAUCAUUUUGUCCUUCCAAAGCCUACUACUCCUGUACACCUAAUCAAAUUUUAACCGAAUUUGGUCUGAAGAAUCAUUGAGCUGAGGGGACUCACUGCUGUAUAAACGAAGGGUGUACCUUUAAGUCAAUGUUAUAUAAACAGGAAAAAGAAGUAAAUCUUUUUAGAUAAUUUUUUCUCCAGGUUUUCUAAUUUUUAAUGAAUGUGAACAAACAAAGUGUUAAUGAUUACCUCAUGUUCAGUUAUUAGGGCUGUCACAAUUAAUUGGAAAACAGGUAUAUUGCAAUACACGGGUAUAAUGUAUUGUACAUGUACGACAAUACAGAGAUAAAAUAUUGCUGUAUUGCAAUACUUUUUUCAAAAGCU